CCCAGUGGGGCCUGACUAAUUCUAAUUGGAUUCAUAUAAAAACUGACUAAUUGAAUAAGAGCCAGCCUCAAUGGAUAGUUGGAGCAAGAUGCGCAAGGAGGUCAUCCGAAGCUGCUGUGCCGUGGCCUUGAUUCUGGUGGCUCUCAUGCCCUUGACUGGAGCGUGGCGCUCUUUCAAGGUCAUCCUCACGAGCAUUGACUUCGAGGCCAACGACAAGUUCGUGGACCUCAAGGUGGAUCUGCAAAACGAUUCGGGCGAGUCAAAUCUGAGCAUCGACAUAAAGACGCACCAGGACAUAGAGGACGUUCAGCUGGUGGUAGACUUCGGUCUGGAGACGGACAAGGGCAACUACUCCACCCUGAUAAACCGAACGCUCAACUUCUGCAAGCUGAUGAAACAGCGCAACUCGGAUCCGUUGGUGCGCGCGAUCUACGAGGACCUUCUCAAGCACGGCACCCUCUUCAAGGAGUGCCCCAUCCGGAGCGGCACCUACAGCCUGACGAACUACAAUGUGGACGAGGAGAUGCUGCCCAGCUUCCUGCCGGAGGCCAAGUUCCGCUUCGGCAUGAUGAUUUCGACGAGCAAGGGCGGCAUGAUCGUACGGUCGACCAUCUUCGGCCGCAUCGACAAGUCCAAGGGCUUCGACAACCUUAAGCGGUUCAGUCUCGGCUAAGAUACAUAUACCCCUGCAUGUUCCUCAUGGUAUCUCCGGCUCGGAGGAGAUCCAAUAAAGUUUUGAUGCGCGUCCAACACUGCCUCGUUUUGGUAUUCAAACUGCCUUUUGUCGCACCAUUGACGUCGUCAUUGUCGCCUCGUCUUGUCCUCCCACCACCCACCGCCGCCAGCAAUCCUCCUUAGCCGCUUGUCAC